AUGGUGGAUGUCAUUAAGCAAGAUGUUUCAAAUGUGAUCAUUCAAUUCUUUACUACAGGUUGGGUCCUCCCUGGUUUUAAUGCAAACUCUAUCAUUCUAAUUCCCAAGGUUAAAAGGGCUGACUCGUUGGAUCUUUUUCGUCCUAUUGCAAUUUUGAAUUUCAAAUUCAAGAUUAUUUCCAAGAUUCUCGCGGAAAUACUUGCUUCCAUUAUGUCGUUGUUGGUCUCGCAAGAGCAGCGGGGUUUCAUUCAUGGUCGUCAUAUCCACGAUUCUAUUGGUUUGGCUUCAGAGGCAGUAAAUUUAUUAGGCUCUAAAGCUUGGUGUGGAAACAUUGCUCUCAAAGUGGACAUCUCUAAAGCCUUUGACAUUCUUAAUUUGUAUUUUCCACUCAAAGUUUUAUAG